AUGGACCAGGCGUUCAAUGUCAGCACCCUCUUGGUUCUCCUGGGUCUUGUAGAGAUGAAAGAGUUCCAAUACAUAUAUUGCGCCCUUUGUAUUAUUAUAUAUUUAUUUAUUAUGUUUUUAAGCAUUAGUAUUGUAUCUGUGGUGAUGGCGGAGCCAAGCCUACACGAGCCCAUGUACAUUCUCAUAUGUAAGCUGGUCCUCAAUGGAAUGUUCGGGAGCUCCACAUUGUUCCCGAAGCUGAUAGUUGACCUGAUCACCUCAUCUAAGACCAUCUCAUAUGGUGGAUGUAUUACUCAGGCUCUGUGCAUUACUCUUUUUGCCAUUUUAGAAAUGAGCACCUACACCCUCAUGGCGUAUGACCGGUAUCUGGCCGUCUGUCACCCAUUGCAUUAUGUCACCUUGAUGACCAACAAGAAGGUUAUGAAGCUCAUCGUUGGGUCUUCUGUAACAGACAUCAUUGCCGUCUUCAUCUGUAUUCUGCUAACUUGGACUCUUCCUCUGUGUGGGAAUAAGAUAAAUAAUAUAUUCUGUGAUAAUAUGUCCCUCGUUACUCUGUCCUGCUCAGACCCUUCUCUCAGUUACCUCUAUUCAGCACCUGUAGGCUCCAUCUACAUAAUUGUCACCAUCUCCGUCACUGUGUUUUCCUACCUGUGGAUAUUUGCCGUCUGCCUGAGAGUCUCCAAAGAGUCCCGUCAGAAAGCCGCCCACACCUUGGUGACCCAUUUACUGAACUUUACCAUCUUUUUGUUAGGAUUUUUCUUUGUUUUCAUCAGGUACAGGCUGGGCAGUAUUGACCUCCCCAUUAUGGUCCAUGUUCUGCUCUCUGUUACUCCUGUACUUUUCCCACCACUCCUUAACCCCCUGAUAUACGGGGUCCGGACACACGCCCUGAAGAUAAAACUCAUUCACUAUUUGCAGAAUAUUAAAGUUGGGUUAAACUGGAUUAAACUCUAG